AUGACCGUGGCUGGUUCAAAAAAGAUGGAUGGUGCUGCUGCCCCUUAUGCACCGACUGCGAACCUAGAUACCGUGGUUUUUUCCAAAGUACUAGACCGCGACCCAGCGACCAUUGACAAGAUUAUCUCUGCCUGCGAGAAUGUUGGGUUCUUCUACUUGGACAUUUCGGACCAGUAUUCUGCUACAAUGCUAGAGAAUCUUGACAGGUUGAACAUUGUCAUGAAGGACUGGUUCGACCAGCCAACAGCCGCGAAGCGCAAAGAGCUGGCUAUCAGCAUGGCAUCUCAUGGAUACAAGCCAAUCGGUUCACAGGCUGGGACGCACGGAGGUCGAGAUGGCUGGGAAGUUCUUAAGACGGGUAGCUUUGAACUGGCCGGUCGAUGGGGCUUACCGCCAGUGGUGGAAGACAACCUCCAGACAUUCAUCUCUUUCCAGAGCCAGUGUCACUACAUUACUCGAGUGCUCCUUGACCGUAUCUCGAACGCCCUGGGGCUGAAGGGAGCGCAGAGCCUCAACCACUUCCACAGAAGCGACUGCCCCUCCAAGAGUGCCCUUGCAUUCUUGCAUUAUAUUCCCAUGGAUCCAACUGGAGGUUAUGCCGGACAUAAUGUUCACACAGACUAUGGCACCUUGACACUUGUCUUUGCGCCCCAGUGGGGUUUGCAAGUCCUUUCAACUCCCGAAAUAUCCUCACCGUCCUCAGCCUCCUCCUCGGCGUCUCACGAUUCAGACGAAAGCCUCGAUAGUGGCUACCACAGAGGACAUAGUCAGGGCCACGCCAACAAUGAGCCCCUGAAAGAAAAGGCGGAAACACCCAUGGAGUGGCAGUAUGUCGAGCCACGUCCCGGCUGCGCGGUGGUCAAUGUGGCUGAUGUGCUACGGUUCUUGACGCACGAUAGACUGAAGUCGGCAGUGCAUCGGGUCCUUCCGUUGCCCGAUGUGGAUCGCUAUUCUGUCACCUACUUCCUAAGACCUAGUGAUGAUGUUGAGUUUAUCGAUGGAGAAGGUCGGCUGACAAAUGUCAUGGAUUGGUACGACCGCAAGAACAACAUGUAUGAGGCUUCUUAUGGGAAUCAGGAUCGGUCUUUGCUCAUUGGCGGGUUGUAUAAGGAGGUGUAA